AACUGAUACAUUUCAUCGAGCAUGUUAAUUAUAAUGCAAGAGAUGCUAUAGUAAUAGUUGAUUAAAUAUCUAUUGAUAGUUGUUAAAAUGAUCGGUUAGCUUCAAAUAUGAAAGAUAUGCAGGUAGAUAUUUUUUGGAAAAAAUACAAAAAUGUAAAAGCACAAAAAUAGUUGGCAUCAUUGCUUUAAAGCGUCAUGCGGUUUUUCAACGUACGAGCUGUUAGAGAUUUUGGUGACAGAUUUAGUUUUUAUCAAGAUGAAUUUGCAAGUAUUUUGGAAAAUAUCGUUUAGCACUAAUGCGUUCCGUACCAGGAAGGAAAUAUCUUGGAAGAAGGAAGAUAUUAAUAUCCCAUUUGGGUUGCACGAUCAUAUAGCUCGGAGUUGACCGCUUUUUCGACCGAACGCGGUUAUACACUAGGAGAGCUAUCACCUUUAAGACUACUCGAGACUCUUUCUCCUUUUCUACUUCUUGACUUAUCCUCGUUUAUUACUUCGGAAAUACCGCAGUCAUCGUAACUCUCGCAUUAUUCUUCGAAAAAGAAAACAAAAAAUAAAACAAAAAAGAAAACCGACGAACGUUCAUAGGAUCUCAUUCGAAAUCGAUAAAUCAUUAAUUCGACCGUGUCUCGAUCCAUUUUCGUACCGAUCAUUAUUUAAUCUAAAAAAUGCAUUCUUUCUUCGUUGAUGAACCUUCUCGAAAUUUCUCUCGUUCUCUCCCUUAUUUCUUCUAUUUUUCUUUUUUGCAAAAGAAAAGAAAAAAAGAGAAAGAAAAAAGGAAUCAAAUAAAACGGAGCAAAACAAAAAAAGGAUAAAAACGGAGCAGUAAGCUCGUGAUUUUUGGGGAGAGGAAUAUUCAUGGGAUUCUUCGACGGUCGGUGUCGAUGCAUAAAUACAGUUUAGCGGAGGGACCGAAAUGAAAAUGGAAAUUUCGAAUCGAUCGCGUUCGAAGGCGUCUUUCAUCGUCGACGAGAUGUGUCGCGCGGUUUUGCGGACGCGACAUUUUCCUCCUUUGUUCUGGCACGAAAAGCCGCAGGUACGUGUCAGGCAUCGAAAUUGAGCGCGAUAGAAUUCAAAUUGAUGGAGGAAACUAUAGGAAUACUGUGUUGUGUUGUUGGGGCUGCUGCUGCUGCUGCUGCUGGUGCCAUUGCUAUAUCGAUAGAGGAGCCAUUUAUUAUCGGAUUGUCAUAUGUAUAUACGUAUGUUCGUCUUAAUUCACGUCGAAUUAUUUAUAACCAUUUUAUAUUACCUUCACUCUUCUUUGUCGUUGUCGUGUCCAUGAUUUAUCGUUUUAAGAUCGACGUAUAUCACGUAAAGGCAUAGGUAAUUUCGUAACGAAUAAAAACCUUCUCGAUAUUCAACGUACCCAUUUCGUCGAUUUUCUUCGGUUUCACAUUUUCGGAAACUUAUUGUACGAGAAAAGAAGAAGAGAAGGGAAGAAUGACAAACAAAUAAAAAGAAGAAAAAGAAAAGAAGACGGACAAAGGAAAAGAAAAUAGUUAAAAAAAUUCUCAGAAAACGCACUAUUUUCCUUUUGCUUUUACUUGCUAUCGAUAGAAAGUCAGAACCGCGAAACUUCCUAGCAUACUCCGACUGAUCGUAAUUCUUACAUAAUCGAGAGUUUGAUUCGAUCAGGAGGAGAAGAAACGAGAGUUCCGAAAUGAAAGAACUUAGAGCAGUUCGUUAGUUAGGUAUUGUUUUAGAAUCGAUCAAAUCGUUUUUUACAUUUCUUCUUCUAUGCUUAUCUAAAAUUUUUGAUCAUUUCUUUUGAUGAAAGAAAAUAAGUGAUAAGACCAUCGAUCAUUUUCUUCGAUUAUUAUUUAUACCUUAUACCGAGCACCUUGUAUAUCUGCUUUUGUAAUAUUUUCUUUUUCACUUCUUUUUCUUUUCCCCUCUAAAUUCAAUUUAAAAAUUCUCAUUAAAAUUCUUAGCGUUUAGCAACGAGCAACGACCGUUCAUUAAUAUUAUAUAGACGAUCGUUGACGUUGAAAUCCGUAGGUGUAUGAUUCUUCGAAACGAUCGAUAUAGUCCUUAAUCAAAUAAGUUAUUUCUUUGAAAUCGACGGCUUCGUGCCAGGAGCGUAAAAGAUCGAGUAACGUCGUUGAGGAAGUAUACGACGAUUAUUCGGAAAACCCUUCGUGUGACGCGCAUCGCGUAUUGGAAACGAGGAAACUGGACGCUUGUAUACGAUCACGCCUCGGACUACUAGGCAUCUUAUCUUGUCGCAACCACGGUAUAAAAGAUAGCGUCUUUGAACAGGUGCCUUCAGUAAUUGGUGACUAUCGUGAGAACGCGAUUACCUUGGUACACGACCGCCGUUUUUCAUCCACAAGAUUUCUCCUCUUAUUUAUAUCUAUAUCUUUUUCUUUCUUUAUCUUUAAUACGUUUCGCCAUUCGUACGAGACAAGACCGAUUUAAAAACUUUCGAUCAUUGAGAUCGGUGUACAUCUUUUUCCGAUAUUUUACGUAACUUAUUUACGUCAAAAUCAAUACCGAGAGAAAUUUUCAAAUAAUCAAAGUGAUCGGGAGAGAUCGUUAAAAUAAAGAGAUAUAUCGUGUCGCGAAAGGGUGCGAGAGUGACAUCUGUUUGACGUCGCGAGGGACACUUAUGAAGGGGCUUGACUCCGUACCGAAACUCAGCAUCGAUCAGAUUAAAUAUAUUUGGGACAUCGAUUGGAAGCAAUAGCCGAGCCAAGAGUUGUUAACUGAGAAUGCGCAAUGACACAGCGAAUUUAUCAGUGGUCCACGAGCCCAAGGGAGGCACCGCAGACUAUCCAAAUGGAGCCCCCAAAAACUCACCGCCCAGAAAAAAUCCUCUCGAGGUACACACAACGAGACACGGAGAAGGAUAAAACGGAAACCGAGUAUAUGCUACAACAGAAUGGCGAACCAAUUGAAUUCGUACCACCUCAGACGAAGGAGGAGGAAAAACCAAUCCAGCAGACACCGUCGUUACCACCGGUGCCUUACUACAGACUCUUCCGAUUUGCUACUGUCGGCGAGUUGAUGUUGAUUUUCGGAGGCCUGAUCAUGGGAAUAUUGACGGGUCUCUGUAUCCCGAUUUCUACAAUACAAUAUGGUGAAUUCACAACCUUAUUGGUCGACCGUAAUAUGCCGAAUCAAACGAGUACUCCGACGCUUAUAUUGUAUUGGUUCGGAGGAGGAAAGGUCUUAGGACAGAACGCAACUGACGAGGAGAAAAUGGACGCUCUCUACGACGACUCAGUGGCAUUUGGCGUAUCUUGUGCCGCUUUGUCGUCGCUACAAUUCAUCUUUGCCAUCUUCACCGUCGACUUAUUAAACGUAGCCGCGUUUAGACAGAUCGCUAGAGUACGCAAAAUGUUUCUGCGUGCUGUUCUUAGGCAGGACAUGAGUUGGUACGACACCAACACAUCCACGAAUUUCGCAAGCAGGAUUACCGAAGAUUUGGACAAAAUGAAGGAUGGAAUAGGCGAGAAACUCGGUAUCUUUACGUAUUUGAUGGUCUCCUUUAUAUCAUCAAUCAUUAUAUCCUUCAUAUACGGUUGGAAAUUGACAUUGGUUGUGCUUAGCUGCGCGCCAAUUAUCGUCAUAGCCACUGCUGUGGUAGCCAAGGUUCAAAGCUCCUUAACAGCCCUCGAGUUGGCUGCGUAUGGACAAGCUGGAAGCGUCGCUGAAGAGGUCCUUGGUGCCAUCAGGACGGUCAUAGCCUUCAACGGCGAGCAAAAGGAGGUCGACAGAUACGCGGAGAAGCUUUUGCCCGCGGAAAAAACAGGCAUCAAGAGAGGAAUGUGGUCUGGCGUUGGAGGUGGUGUCAUGUGGUUUAUCAUUUAUCUCAGCUAUGCCCUCGCUUUUUGGUACGGAGUACAACUCAUCUUGGAAGAUCGUCCGAAGGAAUAUAAAGAAUAUACACCGGCCGUCUUGGUGAUAGUAUUUUUUGGUGUGUUGGCCGGUGCACAGAACAUGGGUCUCACUUCGCCUCAUUUAGAAGCCUUUGCAGUGGCCAGAGGAUCAGCUGCUGCGGUUUUUCAAGUACUCGACCGAGUACCAUCCAUCGAUAGUCUUAGUAAGGAGGGUCAAAAAUUAAAAUCGGUUAGCGGUGAUAUAGAAUUUAAAGACGUCCAUUUUCGUUAUCCUGCGAGAAGAGAUAUACAAGUGUUGCAAGGUUUAAAUUUGAAAAUAAGGCAUGGAGAGACCGUCGCAUUGGUCGGUGGUUCCGGAUGCGGAAAAUCUACGUGUUUGCAACUUAUACAGAGACUUUACGAUCCUUUGCAAGGACAAGUAUAUUUGGACGGCGUCGAUAUAUCGAAGUUAAACGUUCAAUGGUUGCGUUCGUACAUCGGCGUUGUUGGUCAGGAACCAGUACUCUUUGACACGACAAUACGAGAGAACAUCCGUUACGGAAAUGACAGCGUUACCGAAGAAGAGAUGAUCAAAGCCGCCAAGGAAGCGAACGCUCACGACUUCAUCAGCAAACUGCCGGAGGGGUACGAUAGCCCUGUAGGAGAGAGAGGUUCUCAACUAUCGGGUGGGCAAAAACAAAGGAUCGCAAUCGCCCGUGCUUUGGUCAGACGACCAGCCAUACUUUUACUCGACGAGGCUACUUCCGCGUUAGAUCUUCACAGUGAGGCAACCGUUCAGAGAGCACUUGACGCUGCUUCGAAAGGGAGGACCACCGUUAUCGUGACUCACAGACUCUCUACUAUCACUAACGCUGAUAGGAUCGUCUUUAUCAAGGAUGGUAAGGUCGUUGAAGAGGGUACACACGAGGAGUUGCUGGCACUUGGCAAACAUUAUCACGGAUUGGUCGCAGCUGAUGCUAGUGCUGCUGCCAAAGCUAAGGCUACGGCGUCCGCAGCGAAAACGGUAACAGCAGCGAAACCUAAAACCCAAAAGGCUCCAUUGAAGAGACAAUUUUCGACUCUCUCUAUGCACUCUCAUCGCUUAUCACUAGCAGGUGGGUCCGAUGCCGGCUCGGAUGCUGGUUUGGAGGAGCACGAAAAACCGUACGAUGCACCGAUGAGUAGGAUACUAGGGUUGAACAAAACGGAAUGGCCCUUCAACUUUAUAGGAUGUUUAGCAGCUGGAACUGUAGGAGCAUCAUUUCCAGCAUUCGCAGUCUUAUUCGGUCAAGUUUAUUACGUAUUGGGUCUUCAAGACGAAGAUGAAAUUAGAAGAGAGACGGUGAACUUUUCGGUACUUUUCAUCAUCGUCGGUGUAGUAACUGGCAUAGGAACCUUCCUACAAAUGUAUAUGUUUGGUCUAUCUGGAGUCAGAAUGACAACGAGGAUCAGAAAGAUGACUUUCGGGGCAAUGUUGAAACAAGAAAUGGGUUGGUACGACGAAGAACAGAACAGUGUCGGUGCACUUUGCGCUAGAUUAUCUUCGGAUGCUGGAGCCGUUCAAGGGGCUACAGGAAGUCGAAUAGGUGCCAUACUCCAAGCUCUAUCAACCUUGGUUCUUGGCAUCGGAUUGUCAAUGUAUUAUACCUGGAAGAUGACUUUGGUAUCCGUCGUUUCUAUUCCAUUAGUUCUUGGUGCUGUCUUUUUUGAGGCUAGAAUCAUGAGCGGACAAGGACUUCAAGAGAAGAAAAAGAUGGAAGCGGCUACGAGAAUAGCGAUAGAAGCGAUAUCGAAUAUCAGAACGGUCGCGAGUUUAGGCAAGGAGACAGCCUUCUUCAAUCGAUAUUGCGUCGAACUCGAUCACGUGGCGCAGGCUACCAGGACGAGAAACCGAUUGAGAGGAUUGGUCUUUUCUUGCGGUCAGACUACGCCCUAUUUUGGAUAUGCUCUGAGUCUCUACUAUGGUGGUUACUUGGUGGCAAGAGAGGGUCUUAGUUAUCAAGAUGUCAUCAAAGUAUCGGAAGCACUUAUCUUCGGUUCUUGGAUGUUGGGACAAGCUUUGGCUUUCGCACCGAAUUUUAACACGGCCAAAAUUUCUGCUGGAAGGAUCUUCAGAUUAUUGGAUAGGGUGCCAGAGAUAUCUUCGCCACCAGGAUCAGAAGGAAAAGACUUGGAUUGGAAGGCAGAAGGGCUGAUACAAUUUUCAAAAGUGGAAUUCCACUAUCCAACGCGCUCGGAGAUGCAGAUACUUCGUGGUUUGAAUUUAAUAGUAAAGCCGGGUCAGAUGGUUGCCUUAGUUGGCCAAAGUGGCUGCGGAAAGUCAACCUGCAUUCAACUACUGCAACGCUUGUACGAUCCAAUCUCCGGGACGAUUACUAUGGACCGUCGCGACAUCUCCUCGGUCUCACUGGCCUCACUUAGAUCCCAGCUUGGCGUUGUAGGUCAGGAACCCGUUCUCUUUGAUAGAACUAUCGCAGAGAAUAUCGCCUACGGCGACAAUUAUCGACGAGUGCCGAUGGACGAGAUCAUGGAAGCCGCUAAAAAGUCGAAUAUUCACAGUUUCGUCAGUUCGUUGCCUUUGGGUUACGAUACGAGACUAGGAUCAAAGGGUACACAGCUUUCAGGAGGUCAGAAACAGCGCAUAGCUAUCGCGCGUGCUUUGGUAAGGAACCCACGGAUCUUGCUCUUAGAUGAGGCAACCUCAGCUCUCGACACUCAAAGCGAAAAGGUAGUACAAGCAGCCCUCGACAAAGCGAUGGAGGGUAGAACGUGCAUCACCAUAGCGCAUCGUCUUGCUACCGUAAGAAAUGCAGACGUAAUUUGUGUCCUUGAAAAGGGCACCGUCGCUGAGAUGGGUACUCACGACGAUCUAAUAGCUGCCGAUGGUCUUUACGCACAUUUACAUAAUCUACAAGAGGCCGCUAUGGAAUAGAUUUUUUAGCCCAAGAUUUUAAACUUCCUUCCCAUCCUAUUAUCCCAUUAAGAAGCACCGUUUCUUCCUUUUUAUAUAUACACACUUAGACGAACGAACAUUCUAAUUUUGAAAGUUUAGAUCGGUGAUCGAAGGAGAGCUUCGUACGAGGAUGAAUCGGAUUCAUGAAUUUAAAAAAAAAAAGGAAACAAAACAUUUUCUUGAGACAGUGAUAAUCAAUUUUUAAUUUCUUAAGUAGAUAAUACAUUUGCGGCUCCGUUGACUUAACUAUCGUUAGGUUUAAUUGUCGUGAACAUUGAUCAUCAAUUAUUCUCGAGUCGUCAAUUUUAUGCGAGAUUCGUUGGUUUUAAACGUUUGUUAGAAUUUAUUUACCCCUUUCUUCCUUGCUCAUUUUUUCCCCAUUUCUUCACACCUCAUAUCGUUCCCAUUUUUGUGUUUUACAUUGUUUAAACGAUGAAUAUUUUUACGCGUAUAAAAUAAAAAUAAGAAGUAGGUGAAGGAAACAAAAAAAAAACGCACUGAAUGCGCCAUGCGGUUUUCAUAGAUCUGAUCGAAUAAAAAUGAAUGAGAAUUUU